AACCAAUCCAACAGCUGUUAAACAAUCAGCUGUUGCUUUCAAGUUUGCAACACUCAAGAAAAUACUUUAUCGUUAUCGAGCUGAGCGCGUAUUUUGCAGCACUACGGCUGUGGUUUUCGUUGCGUCCGGUUGUGUUUUGAUGGUUGGUUUUAAGUAGUUGGUUGUCCAUUAUCCCUAAUUGAAGUAGAGAAAAUUAAUAAUAAGUUGGUGCUGCCAAAAAACAAAGGGAGUCAUUACCGAGGACAAAUAAUUACAACGAAAACAGCCCCAAAGCAUCUAAAGUGCGUCGUGUCCGAGUGUUAUCGUUGCUGCUGUUAUUGGUGUGGGAGUUGAAGUUGCGAAGUGGGAGCAAAGGUAGCCGGCAUUUGAAGUGUAUUUGUAUUUACUUUGGUUGGCCGAGCCUGUACUCUAUUUUUGCCGUCAUCAAUGUCGUCCACCGAGGGGAAACUGUCGCGUCUGCUGGGACUAGCGCAAAAGUUUAAUAAUUUCUACUUAACAGGUUUUCAUAAGGAUGACAUACGUCCAUUUCUGGUUGGGGGACAACAAGUUGGUCUAAUUAAAGCGGAUGUCUUCAAGCAGCUGCUCAAGUUUCCUGAAGUGUUCUGCAUACGUGACUGUCAAUAUACUAAGCAGGGUCUGGUGGAGUUGAAUCCGGCGUUCCGGGAUUAUAACGAACGUACCGCGCACCUGGAGAAAGUAUUACGUGAUCUGCGCAGCGAUGGUUUGUUCUCGGCCUUGCAAGGCUGGCGGGAUGAAUGCUUCGAGGUGAAGUUCGAGCACAAGGCGCUGCUUAAGAUGGAGCGAGCGGCGACGCCGCUGUUUGGCGUACGCAAAUACGGUGUAGACAUCAAUGGCUAUGUGAGGCAUCCAGAGCACGGUUUGUGCAUUUGGCUGCAGCAGCGCUCCAACACUAAAGAAACCUGGCCUGGCAAAUGGGACAAUAUGGUGGGGGGCGGUCUAUCCGUUGGCUAUGGCAUUAUGGAGACGGCUAUUAAGGAGGCCGCCGAGGAGGCAUCCAUUCCAAGCAAUCUCGUCAAGGAUCUGGUUUCAGCCGGCUGUGUCUCGUUCUUUUUUGAGAGCGAUCAAGGUCUGUUCCCCAAUACUGAAUAUGUGUUUGAUUUGGAGCUGCCGGUGGGCUUUGUGCCACAGAACGCCGAUGGCGAGGUGCAGGCAUUCGAGCUGCUUCCGGCCAACGAGUGUGUGGAGCGUGUAUUCACGCCGGAUUUUAAGACAACAUCGGCGCCCGUGGUUAUCGAUUUCUUAAUACGACAUGGUUACAUAACAGCCGAGAAUGAGAUCAAUUUCACUGAGAUCGUGGAGCUGCUCCAUGUACCGCUGCAGUCAUUGUACACGUACAAAACACGCCUGGACCAGAAGCUGCAGCAGCAACAGCCAAUACUGCCGAAGGAUGACAACAACUGCAACAGUGCCAGUGUGCCAAAGAGGCCGCUGGAGAAUGGGCACAACAAAAAGGAUGGCGCUUAGGCAUUAACAUAAUGGCAACGGAUAUUGGACAACGAACGAAAAAUGGACCGUGAAACUUGGUCACUGCAUUGAGAUGUUUGAGAGACUGCUUUUGUAGUGGGAUUUGUGAAAUCCAAAAAAACAACAGCCAAUAAUAUACACACAAAUACAUAUAUAUAUAUAGAUAUAUAUAAUAUAAUAUA